AUGGUGGAUCAGGGCCCCCCUUCUGGCAUGCAGGCGACCUGGAGGGGCUAUGCCCCGGCCCAGCUGAUAUACUGGUCCAACAAUGUUAGGGGUCUCAAUGUCCCCGAAAAGCGCUUCCAAUUAAUGAGGCGGCUGUGGUCCGCAAGGACAUCUGUGGCGUUCCUGCAGGAGACACAUUUCAGAAACAGAGACGCACCAAAGCUUGAGAACCGUCGCCUUCCGACAGCAUACUGCGCAAACCACCCUGAGGCCAGGAAAGCAGGAGUGGCGAUACUAUUCGCACAUACAACACCAUUCCAGUGCACCGCGACUAAGGCAGACCCUAAUGGACAAUACCUAUUUCUCAAGGGCACCAUCGCUGACCACACCUAUACCUUUGCAUGCCUGUAUAACCCCAACAGAAAACAACAUACCUUCAUAAGCUGGACGCUGGCCAAGCUGGGGAGCUUCAGGGAGGGCCUGCUGGUUGUUGCCGGAGACCUGAACCUACAGCUAGACCCUCACCUGGAUACCUCCAGGGGCCACAGUGCGGUCCCGCACACUGCUUACGAGCAACACUCCGGUCUCUGCACAAGACAGGAUUGGUGGAUUGCUGGAGGGCGAGCCAUCCAGAAGACCGGGACUACACCUAUUACUCGGAUGUCCACGCACAUUACAGCCGUAUAG